AUGGACGAGAUUCGUUAUAUCAAAACGGUCUACCGCAAGAGAGGGAGUGGAUCGGGCCACAUGUAUAGCUUGAUGCGUUUCCUCGAUAACACUGGCGACAAAUAUGUCUGGAGGGUCUCCAGGAACGACGAAGUUCUAAUGAUUUCCGAACGCCUGGGAGAGGAUAUGCAUUUGACUAGGCAGGAAUAUGAUAUGAAGCGUGCUGUGGAGGCGUCAGGGCUGUCCGAACAUUUUGAUGCUCUGUUUUCUGCGACUGCGACGGACCCUGUUUCUAUUCCUUAUGUAAACCCAGAGGUGUAUGGGCGGAUGUUUGCAGGUUCUCAGGGUCGUCGGCGACUGUUUCCAUCGUAG